CUGUGCCCCCUCAGCGGCGGGCGCGGCCGCGGGCGGCGGGCGGGGUCGGUGCCGGGGCCAUGGCGGAGAGCGACUGGGACACGGUCACGGUGCUGCGCAAGAAGGGCCCGAGCGCGGCCCAGGCCAAGUCCAAGCAGGCUAUCCUGGCGGCCCAGCGGCGUGGAGAGGACGUGGAGACCUCCAAGAAGUGGGCAGCAGGCCAGAACAAACAACACUUUAUUACAAAGAACACGGCCAAGCUCGACCGAGAAACAGAAGAGCUGCACCAUGACAGAGUUCCCCUGGAGGUGGGCAAAGUGAUCCAGCAGGGCCGACAGAGCAAGGGCAUGACACAGAAGGACUUGGCCACAAAAAUCAAUGAAAAACCACAAGUUAUUGCUGACUAUGAAUCAGGAAGAGCAAUCCCCAAUAACCAGGUUAUGGGCAAGAUCGAAAGAGCCAUUGGCCUUAAGCUGCGUGGGAAGGAUAUUGGAAAACCGCUGGAAACUGGCCCCAAAGGGAAAUGACAACAAAGCCUCGAAAUCAGUUUGUUCAGACUGAUCUCAUCUGGCUGGUUCUCCUUAACCGCCAGAAUCUCUCUUCGUAUUGCCAAGCUGAACAAGAGGGUUUCAGACUUGCUUUGGGGGGGAAAUCUGCCGAAUCUGUACCUGCUGUAAAAAAAGCAACCUUAAAGAAGCGAUUUUCCUGAUUUUUGUUUUUCCUUCAUCCUUUCCAGAGAUUGAGGAACUAAACCCAAAAAAAUAUCACAUCUGAUUUGCCAGAAAACAUGUGCGUCUUGGUGUUUAGAAGCAGCUAAUGUUAAGAUAUUUGGGAUGAUCUGAAAUGUGAUCAUUUAAUUGGAACAAUUUGGGGGGACGGGCGGGGAUAUGUUAUAUAUAAAUAAUUUGGGAGAGUUGGGGCUUGAUCAGUGUCUGCAUUUGAAAUGAUGACUCAGUCACUGCAUUGCAAUGACAUUUUUGUUUGUUCCUUCCAGCCUGUUUUAAAGAGAUCUAUAAUAAAGUUUGAUACCCUUCAGUUGCA